CGUCUAAUAUUCGUAUCUCGCUUGGCAGAAGCCUCCGGAUGGUCUCGCCCGGUGGAAUACGAAAAUGAGCCAACUUGGGAAUAUGUUUGCUACGGUCUGACAAGAGCUCUCUGCGAUAUAAAAACAUGGCUUUUGGCUUUGACAUGCUUUUUUAUCUCGGCAAUAGCUUCGGGAUUUGGCAACCUACGAUACUUAAUUAGUAUAGACACGCUUUUACAAACGACCGGCAAUACCAAUGGAAUGUGGAAAGGAACAAUGAUGGCCGUGGUCUGUUUUCUUUGGUGUAUAUUCUCUUUAUUCGGGGGGGUUUUCGCCAACCUAGCCAUACGUCGACAUCGGAUCAUCCAAGGUUCUUUAUUCGUUAUCAUAUUGGUUAAUACGGUGGUUUUCACAUUGAUGAUUUAUAAUCCCGCCAUGCUUACACCUAAAAUGGUAGCAAAGCUUCUCUUCACGGCACUUGUCUUUGACCUCCCAACUGCCUCUUUCAUCGUAUCCAUUACUUUGACUUGGGUGCUGAACUGUGUACCGUGGAAUCGACCAAAACGAGCGGUAUGCAUCGCAAUCGCUACCACUUGUAUGAGCUUUGCCAACUUUUACGCUCUCCUCCUCGGACCCCAAGUGACUACCAACCUGGAAGAUAUACACUCAAGCCAGGCCCUGCUCGGUGAAGUGUUAUGCUUCUGCGUGGGAGCAGUUGCAACAACUUGCAUGCUGCACCUGUUACUAAAGCAAGCUAAUGCGUGGAUGUUAAGCCAUCGAGGCGGCUGGGAGCCUCCACCUACGACUCAAUGGGGCGCGCGGACCUUGGAUAAUGAGUUUCAGGACGAAGAUCACAGAUUCGAGUUUCCCGAGUAAGGUGUUGCAUACUAAAUCAAAGACGAUAAUAUUACGUGAUGAUUAUGGAUAUUUGUUACUGCUUCAACAUUGGGUAGGCAGAAUCGACACGAGACAGGGGUUAGCGAAGCGAUAUUCCGUUCGAACUCGGACAUAGCGUC